AUGGAGUCCUCAAUCUCGAUAUAUGUACUCUCCGUCCUUUUCAUCGCGUUUCUUGUCCGCUUCCUUGUUCAGUUUAUCCGAUCCCCGCUUCGGACUGUGCCAGGUCCGUUUCUGGCACGAUUUACCGAUGGCUGGUAUUUCUGGAACGUCCGGAAAGGGUCUUUUCAGGAUGUAAAUGUGGAAUUACACAAGAAAUACGGAACAAUUGUCCGCUACGGCCCAAACCGCUACAGCUUCAACGACCCAGAAGCAGCCAAGAUCAUCUACGGCCUCGGCAACCACUUCCCCAAGUCAUCAUGGUAUUCAUCAUGGGCAAGCCCUGGGCAAUGGGCCAUCUUCAGUGAUCAGUCAAUCAAGCGCCACGCCCAAAACCGAAGACUCUAUCAAGCGACCUAUGCAAUGUCGUCUCUGGUUCACUACGAGCCCUUUGUAGACGAAUGCUCCGACCUCUUCACACAGCGACUCGCAGAGAUGUCAAGGUCCAAUAUGCUUGUGGACAUGAGACAUUGGUUCCAGUGCUACGCGUUUGAUGUCAUCGGCUUGAUCACUUAUGCCAAAAGACUUGGCUUUUUAGAUCGUGGUGACGAUAUUCGAGGUGUCAUCAGCGCGUUGGAAGAGCACCUGGGCUAUGCUACGCUCGUUGGCAUCUUCCCAAGCUUGCACCGAUAUCUAUUCCCUCUGAAAAAUUACCUUGCAGGCGCGAAAGGUGCCGGAAGAGCUUAUGUUUUGAGCUUUACUAACGAGAGAAUCCGUGAAGCGCAGGUCACUCCCAAGCCUGUGGCUGAAGAGAGCGCAGUCACCAUGGAAGACUUUCUCACCAAGUUUUUGGCAAAGCAUGCAGCCGACCCGGAUGUCUUUACGUCUUUUCAUGUACUGGCUGGGUGUACAUCAAAUAUGGUGGCAGGUUCUGAUACCACGGCUAUCAGCCUUUCAGCAGUCCUCUACUAUCUACUUAAGCACCCUGCCUGUCUGCAGAAGCUGAGGGACGAGAUUGAUGGCCUAACUGCCAAGGGAGGCCUGUCUAAAUCGCCAACAUUCAAGGAGAGCCAGCAGCUGCCAUAUCUUCAAGCCGUCAUCAAGGAGGCUCAACGCGACGAUCUGACCACAGUUGGCAUCAACACUUGGGUAGCACACCGCGAUCAUCGAGUCUUUGGUGAUGAUGCCGAGACAUUCAACCCCGAUCGAUGGUUAGUGGACGAUGCAGCAAGACUAUCCAUAAUGAACCGUUAUUAUAUGCCUUUCGGACUGGGCUCUCGAACAUGCAUUGGGCGACAUGUUUCGAUGCUUGAAAUGUCCAAGCUCAUCCCCCGAAUUGUUCGAGACUUUGACUUUGGGCUUGAUCCAUCGCUACAGCGGGAGAAGUGGCACACGCAAAACUACUGGUUCGUGAAGCCGCUGGACUUUAAAGUUCGGGUUGAGAUGCGCCAAGCGGAGAAGAGCGAUAUGUUUUAG